AUGAAGGGCGGGGGCGGGGCGGAGGAGGCGGGGAUCGCCCUGGUGGGGGUGCACUCGGAGUACCCCCGGUACACGGAGGAGCGGGCCCUCGGGGGCGGCCUCAUCUGCAAGGGCCAGGGGUCCACCUCCGCCCUCAACGGCGCCAAGCACAAGCCCAACGUGGGCUACCGCCUCGGCAGGCGGAAGGCCCUCUUCGAGAAGAGGAAGAGGAUCAGCGACUACGCCCUCGUCAUGGGGAUGUUCGGCAUCAUAAUCAUGGUCAUUGAGAACGAGCUCUCCAGCGCCGGCAUCUACACUAAGAUCUCUUUACUGGAUCACAGGUUGAUGGAUUUUGACUUUCGAGGUGUCAAUAGUUCAGAAAUUUUAUGA